ACGCAUAUUGACCAGCACAUGAGGAUGCCGUCGGCGGCGACGGCGUUAGCGGCUCUCGUAAUGCUCUCGGCAGUGGUCGAAUGUAUCGCGUGUGCAGAUAAGGUCGUGCGCCUGGAUCUACGUCCGGUUCCUGGCGUUCGGAGCUUGCAGGCAAGUUCACCGUUCAACGAACAACGGGUAGACGGAACAUUUUCGUCGCACUCGGCGGAGCUGUACUUAGGUGUGCCUCCACAGAAAGCGACUGUCGUCAUCGACACGGGAAGCGCCGUCACGGCUGUCGUGUGUGCGACGUGCACAGACUGCGGAGUGCACAAUAGGCCUCCAUACGACCCGACGAAAUCCACCACGGCAAAGCCCUUGGCCUGCAGCGACUCUCGGUGCUUGUCGUGUUCUUCGCAGCAGUGCACGAGAGGCCAGACGUACGCCGACUCGAGCUCUUUCGAAGCGUUUCUUGUGUCGGAACUGGCCAUGCUGGGAAACUUCAACGGGAGCCACUCGUCGUCGUACGUCCAAGCGAACGGAGUUUCCUUUGUCGUGGGCUGCCAGACGUCUGUCACUGGUGGGUUCAAAACCCAUCCCGAAGCAGGCAUCAUGGGCAUGCAGCAAGACUCGUCCACGAUCUUGGCGGCCAUGGUUCGAGAAGGUCGCGUCAGUCGAAACGCGUUCUCACUCUGCUUGGCCCCUCUCGGCGCUGGCACGAUCGUGCUUGGCGGUGUCAGCGAUCACCUGAACGUGGGUGCCAUGAAGCAUACGCCGCUCGUGCGUCCUGCUGCCAACAAGUACUACUCCGUCGACGUCAUCGAUCUCUUGGUCGGGAACGAGUCCCUUGGACUGGACAGGACGGCAUUUAUUGGGUUUGGUGGUCAAACUGGGCGAUCCUUUGUCUUUGACAGCGGAUCCACCAUCUCUCAACUGCCCCCGGGUGUCCAUGACAAGCUGCUUCAAGUUCUACAAGCUGCCACGGGCAACCCUUCGUUCGGAGUCGGAGGUACUGCCGUCGUGCCUGCAGACGUAAUGGCAAAAUUGCCGACGCUGCGGUUCGUCCUGGAAGCAGUCGCGGAAGAAGGCGGGUUCGUGCAUCUUGUGGUCCCUCCCGCGCAGUACAUCCUCACAAGUCCACGCAGUUCGAUCCAAACGGUUGGAUUUCGAAAAGGAGGAGGCGGCAUUGGAGGGGUGCUUGGCGCCAACGUUAUGCUGAACCACAACGUCGUGUUCGAUUUGGACAAGCAGCGCGUUGGAAUCGCGCCAGCGACGUGCAGCAACACGCGAGAAACAGUGACCGACAUCGUACGCCAGCCGAGCACGCCAGCGACGACCCACACCACUGUAGCCCCUCUGUCGGUAGCCACAUCGAGCAGUUCGGUGGCGUCUCCAGCGCACGUCGUCCUUGGCGUCGCCGUCGCUCUUCUUUCGUCCACGUAAUGGCACGCACAAAACCACUCGCAUGACCGGCCGUUGUCUGUGCAAACAAGUCGCUCACGAUGUUCGAUGGUGGCAGCCAUCCCCAGUCGUUCCGAUGCUCAAGACAGCGGGACCUCCAUCAAGCACCUUGUCCUGCUUGUGUCGGGCAGCCUGGACGACUUUUUCAUUCAGAGACAUAUAAGAGAACAAUGGAAGAUGGACAAAGGAGUCGAUGUAGAUUACGUUCGUCGGCGCUUCUUUGAGUCGCG